AUGUCCGACGGAGAUAUCUCAGCUAGUCACCGUAGCCUCAGCCCAGGAGACAGCUCCAGGGAGAGUUCCAGAGACAGUCAAUCAGGAAGACUGCGAGCGCCCUACACGCCGUCCAACCCCAUCCAAGCACGCACCCAGCACCUGCGACGCCACGGCCUCGCAGUCUCAGACUCAGCCCCAAACACUAUAACCAUCUUCAUGGACAUCCCCAACGGCACGCACCUGAGCCCCAUGCAGCCCGAACCCACUAACCACAUCCUCAAGGUAAUCACAUGGCUCAUCGAGCAGGUCAAAGAGCGCCUCACAACGAAGGAGUUCUGCAACCCGCACGAUAUGCCGAUGCCCACGUACAGCCGGAUUAGGAUCACCGUGGUCACGGGCAAGGAGACGCCCUUUGGCGUUUACACGGCUGUAUACGAGGCCCUGGUGUCGCUGCUGGAAAGUCUGUUGGAAAGGGAUGCGAGGGGUGAGAUCUUGGAGAUUACUGAGGAUUGGGCGAUGGUGGAGGAUUGUGUAUGUGUUCAGUGGGAUCGGUGUGAGGAGCCCUUGGAUAUUUAUUUCAAUAAUCCUGUGGUUAAUCCUCGUUGGCGGGAUGAUGUUCGUGCUGAUUUACCCAUCUUCGGCUUGGAGGGUUCUCUAAGUGGUCGAUAG